GCCCUUGACAUGACCAAAACUAGUGAUCAAUGAUCUGUACUUCCUUUAUUUUAUUUUAUUUAUUUAUAUUUCUUCUCUAAAAGGAUUCAAACUUAUUAAGAAGCUUCACUUCUCAAGUUCCUCUUGUGACGUUUUUAAUUCCAUUUAUUUUUUUUAAAAUUUUGGGGAGAAAAUGGCUUCUCCUAUAGCUUAUUUUCUUGUACUUAGUGCAAUAAUUGUUGUACUUUUUUCAUCAACACAAGCUGAAGUACAAGGUUCAUUUGAUGACAAUUUUAGUAAAAGUUGUCCAGAAACUCAUUUCAAGACUUCUGAAGAUGGACAGAUCUGGUAUUUAUCAUUGGACAAAAAAGCAGGAUGUGGAUUUAUGACCAAACAGAAAUAUAGAUUUGGGUGGUUUAGCAUGAAGUUGAAAUUGGUGGGAGGUGACUCUGCUGGUGUUGUGACAGCUUACUAUAUGUGCACAGAAGAUGGAGCAGGACCAACAAGAGAUGAAUUAGAUUUUGAGUUCUUGGGGAAUAGGACAGGUGAACCUUAUCUUAUUCAAACAAAUGUGUACAAGAAUGGAACUGGUAAUCGUGAGAUGAGACAUGUUUUAUGGUUUGACCCCACUGAGGAUUUUCACACCUACUCAGUUCUUUGGAAUACUCACCAAAUUGUGUUUUUCGUGGAUAAGGUACCAAUAAGAGUGUACAAAAACGCGAAUUACACAAACAAUUUCUUCCCAAAUGAGAAGCCAAUGUACUUAUUUUCAAGUAUAUGGAAUGCAGAUGAUUGGGCUACAAGAGGUGGUUUAGAGAAAACAAAUUGGAAAAAUCAACCAUUUGUUUCAUCAUACAAAGAUUUUAGUGUGGAUGGUUGUCAAUGGGAAGAUCCAUAUCCAUCUUGUGUUUCAACAACAACACAAAAUUGGUGGGAUCAAUAUGAUUCAUGGCAUUUAUCAAGUGAUCAAAAAUUGGAUUAUGCUUGGGUACAAAGAAAUCUUGUCAUUUAUGAUUAUUGUCAAGAUACUGAAAGAUUUCCAAAAAAACCUGAGGAGUGUUGGUUAAAUCCAUGGGAAUAAUUAAAUAAUUCAACUUAGGUUAAAAAAAAUAUAUAUUAUGAGAGGGAUUAAGGAGUAUUUUGAUUAUUUUAUUUUUGAUGUUGAGUUAUUACUCGAGUAUAUAUAUAUAUAUAUAUAUAUGCUUGUAUGAUUUGUCAUGCCUAUUGUAUUAUUGAAUUUAUGAAGAAGUUAAGAAACCUCUUGCCAA